UUCUCAUGAACUGAAGUCUGUGGAGGCCCACUGCCGCUCCUUAAGUAGCAAGUUCAGGUUUUGUGGUGGAAUAUUAACUUUAAAUCGGGUAUAAGAGCAUAAAUGAUCGAGGUUUUACAUUCGUGCCCUCAGAGAAGAGAGCAGAGCGGAGUGGGACGGACUUGGAUGUGAGUCAGGAGCUCCCGAUGCAGCAGUAGCUAAAGAUUCAAAUUCUCACCAGCAACAUGACAAAGAAAUUGUGUGGGACCAACUAUCCAACCAGCAUCUGCUUCAUAGUAGUGAAUGAGUUCUGUGAACGCUUCUCUUACUAUGGCAUGAAAGCGGUGCUGACCCUCUAUUUCCUCACCUACCUCCACUGGGACAAAGACCUCUCCACUGCUGUCUACCAUGCCUUCAGCGGUCUCUGCUAUUUCACACCCAUACUGGGAGCUCUCAUCGCUGACUCCUGGCUUGGAAAAUUCAAGACCAUCAUCUACCUUUCCAUUGUCUAUGUGAUCGGCCAUGUGGUCAAGUCGGUUGGGGCCAUUCCCACUGUGGGAAACAGCAAUGUGCACAUUACUCUGUCCAUGGUAGGUCUGAUACUCAUAGCCUUCGGGACCGGAGGAAUCAAACCCUGUGUGGCAGCAUUUGGAGGAGACCAAUUUGACGAGGAGCAUGUCAGUGAGAGGCAGAAAUUCUUCUCCAUUUUCUACAUGUCAAUCAAUGCUGGGAGCCUCUUGUCAACUGUGAUUACCCCCAUAUUGAGAGGUGAUGUGCAGUGUUUUGGUGGUGAUUGCUAUGCUCUGGCCUUUGGGGUUCCUGCAGCUCUGAUGAUUGUGGCUUUAGUUGUGUUCAUUGCUGGCAGCGGGCUAUACAAGAGGAAUCCUCCACAGGGAAACAUCCUGUUGGAAGUCUGCAACUGCAUUGGAUUUGCCAUCAAAAACCGCUGGAGGAGCACAAAGUAUGACCCUCAGAGGAAGCAUUGGUUGGACUGGGCUGAGGAGAAGUACUCGAAGCGUCUGAUCCAGGAGAUUAAGAUGGUGCUGCGGGUUUUGGUGCUUUACAUCCCACUUCCAAUGUUCUGGGCUCUGUUUGAUCAGCAGGGUUCCCGCUGGACGCUUCAAGCCACAAGGAUGAACAUGGCUUUUGGAGAGUCCUUCAUUAUUAAGCCAGACCAAAUGCAGAUGUUGAAUGCUCUGCUGAUCCUUGUCUUUGUGCCCAUCUUUGACCUCAUCAUAUAUCCGCUUGUUGGCCUCUGCAGAAUCAACAUCACGCCUCUAAGAAAAAUGGCCACAGGGAUGAUUUUUGCUGCACUGGCCUUUGGAGCAGCCACACUGGUGGAGGUGAAUGUUGUGAAAACAGUGGUAGAUCCGGCACCUGCAGAGCAGUGUCUCCUGCAGGCCUUGAACCUGGCAAGUGGUAAUGUUGAUGUGAAGAUCCCUGACAGCAAGCUGUUCCCAGAACCGAUCCAGUACCUUCAGGACCCUCCUAAAUAUGAAAGGGUUCUAUUGGGGGCAUCCAGCAAGAAUCUGACGAUUCAAGUCACCUUCAAUGGAACGACCUCAGAGUGUAACCAGACAUUUCAACAACAAAAGGCCUAUAGUCUCAUUUUCUACCAUGAAUCUACUAGAAUCAAGUGCAAACUUGUUGAUGAUGUCAUAAAGAAAAACGAAGAUGGGAAUCCUCUCCUGAGGUUCCUCAACGCAGAGCGAGAAGCAAUAAACCUAACUGUUGGAGAUGUGACUUUCCCCGUGCCCGCUGGUUACGCCAUGUCUGUGAACAAGACAGUAGAACGAGGAGAAUAUUCAGAUGUCAGUUGCACCCCACAGUCAGAGAAGUGCUCUCAUCUUAACCUGGGCCUGCUGGACUUUGGAGCUUCCUAUACCAUCAUACUCAUUGAUGAAUCAGGUAAAACUGUGGCUCAUAAGAUUGAGGAUGUGAAAGCCAACAACGUGCACAUUGCCUGGCAAAUCCCCCAGUACGUGCUCAUAACUGCUGGAGAGGUCAUGUUCUCCAUUACAGGCCUGGAGUUCUCCUACUCACAGGCCCCAGCCAACAUGAAGUCAGUCUUGCAGGCCGGCUGGCUGCUCACUGUCGCAUUUGGGAACGUGAUAGUGCUGAUUGUGGCUGAGGGGGCAGGACUUGAACAGUGGAAAGAGUUCCUGCUGUUUGCUGGCCUGCUGUUGGGCGUCUCUGUCAUCUUCUCCAUCAUGGCCUACUUCUACACCUAUGUUGACCCUGAUCAGCUGGACAAGAUUUACCGGGAGGAUUCAGGGAAGGAGGAAGAUGAUGAUGACAAUAUGAAGAAAAAAUCUAAUGACAUACACCUGAACAAAAUAGGGAAGAGCACCAGAUUAUAAUCAUGCCAUAUUGCAUAUGCCAUCAUCUUUGCUGUAGUGGAUUAGAUUUAGCUACAAAAGGUUAAGUAUUGGAUUAGUUUGACAAGCAGUAUAUCCAGCAUUUGUUUGUGACAUAAUUUUAAUAUAUUCUGUGAAACCUUUAACACUACACACACUACUACUAUAACACUACAUGAAAUAGUGUUUAAAAGAGGCAAAAUACAGUGUGAUUCCUCACACCAUGAUCAAUAGGUUUAUUUCAAAUGAAUGUCUUAUAUGCUGUAUAUAUUUGUCACAUAUUAACUCCAUGUCAAAUUCUAUAUUUUCUAUGAUGCUAAGUAAUACAACAGAACAUGUUGGAGAUAUAGAUAAAAUUACAUUGUGUUCCCAUAACAAUUUUAUACCAAUGGACAAUAAUUACUAGUGGUUAUGAGCCUAUAACUGAAAAUCCAGCAUAUGUAACAUUACUGCUAACCAUUUUCCUUAGCAUACUGUAAGUUUUCUGAUAUAAAGGGAGCUAUUAGAACACAGAAAUCAGUGAUAUGUAUAUUCAAUGCACAUAUUUUCUUUAUUUACUUUAUUGAUUCUUUAGUUGCAAACAGGGAUUGUUAUGAAAGCUUCUUGAGUCAACAAUUUAUAGUUGUAUCAGGCAGCAACAUUUUAGUGUAGGUAAGAGCCAAAUUCAUGUUCAGGUUUUUUAUUAUCUAUCUUCUGGUUUGAUUUUCUGAAAAAACAAAGCUUGUCAUCACCAAAACUCUGAUGUAAUAGAGUCAACAGGGUUUAUUACCAAGAAAACCAGUACUUUCAACUUCAUUGUCAUAAAGUACUUCAAAAUAACAACUGGAUGCUCAUUUUUACAUGUCACAGUUAAGAAAAGCACAGGUGUACAUAAUAAAAUUAUUGAUGCCUGAAUUCCA